CCAUAUAAUAUUUUCUAGAAAAUCAUCCCAUACCUUCUUUUGCAUUCAACCCCUACCUUAAAUUAAUCAAAGAUUUUCUUCUCCAAUUUCUCCUACCUUUCCCUUGUUAACAACAUAAAAAAAAUGGGGCUAAGGGACAUUGGAGCUACACUGCCUCCUGGCUUUAAGUUUUACCCAAGUGAUGAGGAAUUAGUGUGCCAUUAUCUCUACAAAAAGAUUGCAAAUGAGGAGGUCUUGAAGGGUACUUUGGUGGAAAUUGAUUUGCAUACAUGUGAGCCAUGGCAGCUUCCUGGUAUACGCUCUCUCUCUGUUAACGAGUGGUACUUCUUCAGCUUCCGUGACAGGAAAUACGCGACAGGGUUUCGGACUAAUCGAGCAACGGGAUCCGGGUACUGGAAGGCAACGGGGAAAGAUCGAACGGUGAUCGACCCGAUAACACAGGAAGUAGUGGGGAUGAGAAAAACACUGGUAUUUUAUAUGAACCGAGCUCCGAAUGGAAUCAAAACAGGUUGGAUCAUGCAUGAAUUUCGUCUCGAGACCCCACAUAUGCCCCCUAAGGAAGACUGGGUUUUAUGUAGAGUAUUUAAUAAGAUCAAAGGAGCAGAAAACAACACCGAAAGGAGCCCCCACAUGAUGUACGAGACCUCAACUCAAACAAGCAUGGCUUGCGGCGGGCAUCAACAAAUCAGCAGCUCUGUAUCCACCACACCCGCACAUCAUCAACACCAUGGCCAAAGCUUGUUAACCCUACUUCAUUCCUCUCGGCUAAAGAACAAUAAUAACAAUAAUGAUAGCUUCAGCAAUUAUGAAGUUAGCUCGAAAGUCGUCGACGAUGAUUACGAGUUCUUGUGGGACAUGAACAUGGAAGAAAACAGCUUGGAGGAUCGUCAUCAUGUUCAUGGCCAUGGGGUGGCCGAUUCCAACUUGGAGGAUGUAGGAUUUGAGAUUGAUAAUAGCAUGGUUUUCCUAUGAAGAUAUAGACAUGAUAUUUCAUAUGAUUUAGGGUAAAAAAGAA